ACUUCCGGCGGCGGGGGGGGGGAGUGGGCAGGGUGUGUGUCGGCGGUUUUCGGUUCCCUUCCGGUUGGGCGGGAGGGGGCGAGAGCGGGCUUCCGGUGAAGCGCUUCCGGGUCCCUAUUGUCCCUUCUCCUGCUCCGCCCCCGCGCGCAGCCCAAGGCGAAGCCGCCGCCGCCUGGAGAAGAGGAGCAGCCCGAUCCACCCAGAAUGGCCCAGUUCAAGCGCCAGAAGCCUCUGCGAGCUGGCAACCCGCAGGGAGCGAGGCCGUUCUCAGGGACACACCCGACCUCCUUAUUGGGACCUCCACCUGGCCUGUUAAACCCUCCGGUCUCAGCAGAUCUUAUCCAGAAUGCACGGCACCUGCAGGUGGGUGAGAAGCAGCGAGUCUUCACGGGCAUUGUCACCAGCCUGCAUGACUACUUUGGGGUGGUGGAUGAAGAGGUCUUCUUCCAAUUGAGUGUCGUGAAGGGCCGGUUACCACAGAUUGGUGAGAAAGUGCUGGUGAAAGCUGUCUACAAUCCAAGCCAAUCGGUGCCCUGGAAUGCCAUGAAAGUCCAGACAUUGUCCAAUCAGCCCCUCCUGAAGGCUCCCACCCCUCUCCUGCAUGUGGCAUCCUUAGGACAGAAACAAGGCAUCCUGGGAGCCCAACCUCAGCUGCUGUUCCAGCCUCACCGGAUCCCUCCUCUGUUUCCCCAGAAACCCAUGAGCCUCUUCCAGUCAUCCCCUUCGCUCCAUCUGGGCCACCUUGGGAGAUACCCUGGUCGGGGCCCAAAGGGCAGGCAGGACUCAGGCAGAUGGGACGACUUUGAUUCGAAGAAGCGGAAACAGAAAGGCGGCGAACCGUGGGGAGUGAAAAAGCCACGCCAUGAUCCGCCACAGUACCGGGUCUACUUUGCACGCUAUGCCGUGGACAGCCCCUUCUGCGAUGCCAUGGAAAUCCUGAGACGCUACUGCAGCAUCCAGUUGCCCCGGGAGUUCUACGAUGUCCGCCUGUGCUGGCUGGACACGUUCCCGCUCGCCCAGCCGCUGACCCUGAGGCACCCCAGCCGCAUCCUGGUGGCUGACCCCGCAGAGGAGGCGGCGCCCAAGACAGAGGAGGACGCUGUGCCGGAGGACGCGGAUCCUGCAUUCAGUGCCAAGGUGAUGCUGCUGUCGUCCCCAGGGCUAGAGGAGUUGUAUCGCCAUUGCUUAUUAUAUAUUGAAGAGCCCAGCGAGCAGAAGGAGAGUCCAGAGCACCCCACAAAGCAAAUAAAGUUCCUGCUGGGGAGGAAAGAGGACGAAGCUGUGCUGAUUGGAGGGGAGUGGUCGCCUUCCCUGGAUGGCCCCGAGCCGGACUCUGACCCCAUGGUUCUGGUUCGCACAGCCAUUCGCUGCACCAAGGCCCAGACUGGCCUGGACCUGAGCGCUUGCACGAAGUGGUUCCGUUUUGCAGAGUUCAGGUAUCUGCGUCGGGGAGACCCAUUGCAGAGGGAGACGGCGGUGAUCUUCCUGCCGGAUGUCUGGAGCUGCAUGCCGUCUCUGGAGGAGUGGGAGGCCCUGUGCCAGCAGAAAGCCGAGAAGGCCCCUCUGCCAUCCCCGUCGCCGGAGGAGAAAGCUGAGAUGGAUGUGGAGAUAUCAGAAGCAGCCCCUGACCAGGAAAUGGAGGCCAAUGCACAGGAAGUAAAUGCCACAGAUGCUGCUGCUGAACCAGAAGCUCCAACUCCCCCACUUGAACCUGCCAUCGUUGCUCACCCGAAAAAACCAGCAAUGCAAGGUGGGCAGCCGAGCUGCUCCAACCUCUCGCUCUGCACCCUGCUGGAGUACAGGAGACAGAGGGAAAAGCUUUCAUUUGAGGUGGCGGUGAUGGCAGAGCUCUUCCAGGAGAUGCUGCAGCGGGAUUUUGGCUACAGGCUUUACAAGGCAUUGCUGGCUCUGCCCGAGAAGGAAGAGAUGACAGAAGCAAAGAACCUGGAGUCAGAGAAGCCAGCUGAGCAUGAGAAAGUGCAGAAGGAAGAGGCCCAGGAGGAGGAGGUGGAGGCGGGAGCCAGUGAGCAGGAGCCUGGGCAGACCCAUCAGGAGGAGGCAGAGCAGAAGCCAGCAUGCAGUGAAGAUCCCCAAGAGGAUGAGAAGGCCAAAGUGGAGCCCAAAGACUCAACUGAUGAGCUGUGCAUGCUGAGCCUAGAGGAUGACCUGCUGCUGCUGCGAGACGAGGAGGAGGAGGACUUUGGUGUCAAGUUAGAAGAUGCAGAGGUGCGAUCCAUUGCUUCCAACCAGUCAGAGAUGGAGUUCUCAGCGCUCCAUGACCUGCAGCCCAAGGAGCUGGACCCAAGUGCUGUGCUGCCCCUGGAUGCCCUCUUGGCCUUUAUCUACUUCGAUUUGAAUUUCUGUGGUUACCUGCACAGAAGAGACCUGGAGAAGAUCCUCAUGACGCUGGGGCUACAUCUUUGCAAGGAGCAGGCGAAGCGUCUUGUGAACAGAGUGGUGACUCAGUACGUGUGUCAGUACCGGAGCCUGCACUACAACCGCCAGGACAGCUCUGACCCCAUCCCUGAGGAGGGGCUCUUGGGAAACCUUGCUUUGCUGCCUGUCUCAAACUCUGUGGCUGAGGGUUCUGCCCAGCCCAAGGCAGUGGUGGAGCAUGGGGAUCUGAUCUCCCACUGCGGGACCGUCCUCAACUUGGGAAAGCUGCUGGAGAAAGCAGAGCAGACUGAGAGUAGCCGCCUGUACCUGGAGAGCAAAAUCCACACUCUGGAGGUCAAGCUGGAGGACGCCCAGACCAGGUUCUCAGCGACAGAGUCCUCAAACAAGGUGCUGGUCGCUGAGCUGCAGGAUGUACAGAAGCAGCUGGCUGAUAUGGAGGAGCAGGUGAAAUCAGCAGAGAGGCAGAAAUCCCACUUCCAAAGGCUGCUGCAGGAGAACAAAAAGCGCCUCGUUCCCCUGCAGCUGGAGAUCCAGCGGAUCAUUGAGAAGACUAAUAACUGCUUAGAGAAGAAGGAGGAGGAACCAGCAUCUAGCAACUGACACCUGUGGAUCCCCUGAAGCUAUUAUAGUGUGCCGAGUCUGUGCCCUGUCAUGAGCCUAGACUAAAAAUGGCAAGGUCAGUGAGUGAGGGGCUUAGAUGCUGAGGAAGGAACCAAGAACCCUUUCACUGCCUGAGGGAGGAGACUUGAACUGGGUUCCCAUUAUGGGGGAGCCUAACAGUAUUGGACUGCAACACAUGAGACAGCUCCACUCUGACCCAUCAUCAAACUUUUGAGGUAGGAAUUGCUAAUUGUCUACAAAGGUGUCUGGUAAGUGAUGGCUGUGAGCUCCAAAUGAAGGUCUGCCAUCUGCACUUAGUAUUGAGGUGGUGCUUUAGACAACAAAUGUGGUAACAACUUGUAUUUAAUGGGAAAGGUUGAAACCCCCCUCCUUUUUCUUCACUUGUCUGUGGCUAUUUUUGUCUUGUCUCUUGUUUUCCCACUGAGAUGACUUUUUUUAAAAUUCUAAAUAAAUAGUUGUGUGCUACAGGAAAA